GGCCGUGAAAUAUCAUCGAACUGGCAGUCAGCAUUUUCUGCCAUCACCCAGCUUCUAUCUCUGCAUCUUUCAUCUCCAUGGCGCUCUCUGCUACAUUCUCCGCUCCAUCAUCGCCAAGCCUCAAACUUUCCGCCAAAUUUCGUAGAUUUUGUUUCUCUCAUACCAUCAAUUUCCGUAGGCCCCUUCAAAUUAGGGCUUCAACUACUCUUGAUUACUCCAAUGUCUCUGUAAAUGACAAGCCCACCCCAUUAAAGACUAAUACUUGGCAAUGGAAAUUCAAAGACAAUAAUAUCAGUAUUUAUUAUGAAGAGCAUGUAAAGGAUGGUGCUGAACCUUCCCAGAAUAUUUUGAUCAUGCCAACCAUUUCUGAUGUAAGCACUGUUGAGGAAUGGAGGUCCGUGGCUGGAGAAAUUGUCCAACGUGAUGGCAAAGUCAAUUGGCGAGCAACUAUAGUUGAUUGGCCUGGUCUGGGAUAUUCUGAUAGGCCAAAGAUUGAUUACAAUGCUGAUGUCUUAGAAAAUUUUUUGGCUGAAUUCAUCAAUGCACCCAAUAGCCCGAUUAAGCAACCAGAAAAUGAUUUAGUAAUAUUCGGAGGAGGCCAUGCAGCAUCAAUAGUUCUUCGUGCUGCAAAAAAGGGUUUGGUGAAGCCCAAAGCUGUAGCUGCUGUUGCUCCAACUUGGGCCGGGCCCCUUCCUAUUGUGUUUGGUCGAGAUUCUAGCAUGGAAACAAGGUAUGGCCUUCUAAGAGGCACCUUGAAGGCCCCUGCUGUUGGCUGGAUGAUGUACAACAUGCUUGUGAGCAAUGAGAAGGCAAUUGAAUCACAGUACAAAUCCCACGUCUAUGCAAACCCUGAUAACGUGACUCCAGGAAUUGUGGAAAGCAGAUAUGCAUUGACAAAACAAAAAGGAGCUCGUUAUUUGCCUGCUGCUUUCUUGACUGGGGAGUUGGACCCUGUAACAUCUCGCGAGGAGUUCCUUGAACUCUUUGCAUCUUUGGAAGGAAAGACACCCAUCCUUGUUGUAUCAACCAAAGGAGCUCCAAAGAGGUCAAGGGCAGAGAUGGAAGCUCUUAAAGGAGCCAAAGGAGUGACCAAGUUUGUGGAGGUGCCAGGUGCUCUACUUCCACAAGAAGAGUAUCCUGCUAUUGUUGCGGAAGAGCUUCACCAGUUCUUGCAAGAAUGUUUUGACUCCCGGGCUUAACAUUGGUGUUCACGGUUCUGCUACAGGUUUCCCCCUUUUACGUGUUGGUGAGGUUUUGGAGGUCCCAGUAUUCAUAUAUGGAAGAAUGAAGUUUGUGCAAAGAUAAACAUGAGGGUAACUGUACAAGCGUGAUUUCUUUUUGGACAUAAUCCCUAUUUUGUAUAUUCGUACUUUUUAUAGAUUCCGGAGCUAUCUGGAUGAACUGGAGCAUAGGACAUUAGAGGAGGCAAUCUGUUAAUGAUGAACCAGAAAUCAGACCUGGAAGAGGUUAUUCUGUGUUGUGGUUUGUGACAAGCCUGUAAACUCGUACAAGUAUAAAAUCUCUCUCUCUCUCUCUCUCUCUAAAUGUUACA